GAGGAAGAGGUUCCAGCGACCAUGGAGAGAGCCAUUCAGCGGUUCUUCCUUGGCAAAGACCAUUCUCCAAGGAUUCUGGUAGGGGCAGUUAUGGCCAUGGCGGUGUCCAGGGCGGCCAUGGCACUCGUGCCGGGCGGGGAGACGUUUGACCAUCUCGAUCUCCUCGUGUUGGCGCUAGUUUGUCAGUUCUGGAUGUUCCAGGAGUGGUGGCUGCACAAGUACCUGCUGCACUCGUUCAAGUGGUGGGGGCAGGAGUACCACCAUCAGCAUCACCUCCUCGACUACUAUUACGUCUCCAUCGACCCAGUGUGGCUGGUUGUGUCCUGGUUCCUAGCUGCCUUUGGCUUGUUCUACCUCCUCCUGCCUACGGAUCUCUGCCUCUCUGCCACCUUCGCCUACUCCGCCAUGGGACUCCUGUAUGAGUUCUGCCACUACCUUGCGCACACCAAGGUCAUGCCCAAGAACCGCCUUCUCCGCGCAAUCAAGCUCCACCACAUGAAACAUCACUUCGUCGACGAGGACAGCUGGUUUGCGUUCUCCGGGUUGUACAUCGACAGUCUUCUCAAGACCGCUCCGAGCGGUGAAGAGCUGGUGAAG